GGGUGCGGCAGCGAGCGGAGCCCGCAGCGGCGCGGUGCUCGGGGACCAUGGCAAAGCGGGUGGCCGUGGUGCUGGCCGGCUGCGGCGUGUUCGAUGGCAGCGAGGUGCACGAGGCUUCGGCCGUGCUGGUGCAUCUCAGCCGGGAGGGGGCUCAGGCUGAGGUGUAUGCUCCCAACAUCCCCCAGAUGCACGUGGUGGACCACGUGAAGGGGCAGCCAACGCCGGAGCAGCGCAAUGUCCUGGUGGAAAGUGCCAGGAUAGCCAGGGGCAACAUCAAGGACCUGGCUACGCUGGAUGUCAAUGGGCUGGAUGCCCUCAUCAUCCCAGGUGGCUUCGGAGUGGCAAAAAACCUGAGCACUUGGGCCACGCAGGGCAAGAACUGCAGCAUCUCCAAGGAGGUGGAGGGUGUCCUGAGGGCAUUCCACGCUGCCCACAAACCCAUCGGGCUCUGCUGCAUCUCCCCAGUGCUGGCAGCCAAAAUCUUCCCGGGCUGUGAGGUCACCGUGGGACACGACACGGAGUGUGAGCAGUGGCCUUAUGCCAAGACUGCCGAGGCCAUGAAGGAGCUGGGCUGCAGGCACGUGAACAGGCAGGUGAGCGAGGCCCACGUGGACGCGCGGAACCGGCUGGUGAGCACCAGCGCCUUCAUGUGCAACGCGCCCAUCCACCACGUGCACGAUGGCAUCGGCAACAUGGUCAGGGAGGUGCUCCGGCUGGCCUGAGCCCCAGCUCCUCUCCGUGCAUCCUGGCCAGCUCCUCUCCGUGGAUCCACUCCUUCCCCUCCCACAGCAACAGCAGAGUGGCGCUCUAGCUCUGCCCCGAGCUCUGGUGGCGGCUGAGCAGGGACAAUCCUGGAGGUGUCGUGUUCUGCCAAGGACACGCCAGCCCCUGGCAGGAGCUGGGCUGGGAGCUGCUGGGGGAUCGUGGCAUGGGGUGGGUUGGGAGGGACCUUAAAUUCAUCUUGUUCCAGUCUCCUCCCAUGGGCAGGGACCCCUUCCACUGUCCCAGGCUGCUCCAGGCUGGCCUUGGACACUUCCAGGGAUCCAGGGGCAGCCACAGCUUCUCUGGGCACCCUGUGCCAGAGCCUGCCCACCCUCACAGAGAGGAAUUCCAUCCCAAUAUCCCACCUAUCCCUGCCACAGGCUCCCACAGGGCCCAGGGUCAGCUGCUCCCCAUCCCCUCCCUCAGAGCAGGGAAUUGUGGCCAAAGGAAGGAACCCAGUUCUGCUACCAAAUAAAACCUGAUGCUUCUACUGAAUUCUGAACUCUGCUUCUGUCUCUGCCUUUCCCUCUGGAGCAGGACAAGCUCUGGGUCAGUUGGGAAAAUGAUACAGGAAGAAAUCCCCAGCACCAGCCCCCUUGUUUUGCUGGGAUUUGUCAGAACCCAGAGUGGAGCAGGAAUGUGACACUGGUGAGAGCAGGACCAGCCCCAUGUCACUGGUGGGAAGAGGUGAAAUUCUUCUCCUGCAUUAACAGAACCAGGGAAUUCCAGGUUGGAAGGAUCUCAAGGCUCACCUUUGAAAGGUCCAACCUUUCUUGGUAAAAUUGCUGUCUCAAUAAGAUGCCCCAGCAGCCUGUCCUGAUGGAUCCCAAAGUGCCCAAACUCAGGGAAUCCAUGUCUUCCAACAGCUGAUUUUCUCAUGGUGAAAAAUUGUCCUACGGUGCCCAAUCAGAAUCUCCCCAGGAAUGUCCUGUAUAGAUUAUCCCUUGUCCUUUCCAUGAUUCCUCAUAAAAAGGGAGUUUCUUUCUCCUUUGUAGCCACCCUUCAAAUACCAAACAAGAUCUCCCCUAAUCUCAGUCUCCCCAGGCUGAGCAAACUCAGGUCUCUCAGCCUCUCCUCACAUGGGAACUUCCCAGGCUUUGGAUCAUCUUUGUGGCCUCUGGAUCCUCUCCAGCCUGGCCACAUCUUUUUUUGGCAAAGUGGGGAUCAAAACUCCUUCCACAACUCUGAUGGCUUAAAAAUAAGAUUUUAUUUGAAAUCCAAUCCCAUCUGCAACCUCUGAGCAUUCUUAUAAGCACAGAGCUCUCAGCAGCAGCACUGAGAAUUUCCUUCUGCACAGAUUUCGUUACCCAUAUGAACUGAACACAAGGUAAUUUGCAGGAGUUUACUUUUAUUUUGAGUUUAAAGAAUGCCCUAGAAAAGGGGGGGAUGGAUAAUCCCAUAAAACAGGUUCUAAAAAGGUGGUUCCUGCAAAUAUAUCAUAAAAAGAGUUCACUGUAGGGCCUAAACCAAGACAUAAACCCAAACCAGAUUUACACUGAGCAAUAGAUUGACACUGUCUGGUUCUGAGUCAUCUCUUUACCUAACUGGAAUCAUUUGGACCCAUUUUUUUAGUCAGAAAAGGAUCUGAA